AUGGACCAAUAUUGCACAUAAACGAUUAUCAACUCAGCUUAUUGUGUCCCAGAUAUAAAACCCUAGUUGUUCACCCAAACCCUAACAAAUCCCCCUUUUGCAAUCGUACCAACAGAAGCAGCAAAAAUGGCGAAAUCAAUGAGAUGCAAGCGAGAAAAGAGACUCAGGGCCAUUAAAAGGGAGAUGGUGGCUCCGCUUUACGAGAAGAAAGAAGAAGCCAAGCUUGCCGCUCUUGAAGCCGCCAUGAACGCUCCAAAACUCCCUGUUCGUACUCGCCGGGACGAAACAACUGCCAUGGAUGCUUCCACUGCCGCCCCCACAGCCGAUAUGGAUGUGGAAAUGGAUGAAGGCAAUCAAACCGCGAAAUCUUUGAAACCUAUAGGGAGAAAGUUGAAGAAGAAACUGAAACUCAGCAAAAAGAAGUACAGAGGCAAGGGCAAGAUAAGGAAGAAGAAUGUUUAGUUCCCUUUAUUAGCAAUUUCAUCACCUGAAUACUUCUGUUAUGUCACUGGACUCUUUCUACUUGAUAACAGUUUGACUUUCUUAAAUGAGAAUCUGAUACAUUUGGUAUAUUCA